UAAGGUUGUCCCUGUGCUAGUAGACAAUAUGGCCGUGUUCCAUGAUGAGGUUGAGAUUGAAGACUUUGAGUAUGAUGAAGAAACAGAGACGUAUCUCUACCCUUGUCCGUGUGGUGACCAGUUUGAGAUAACUAGGGAGGAUCUUGAGAAUGGAGAGGAUGUGGCGACUUGUCCUAGCUGCUCACUUAUCAUCAAAGUUAUAUAUGAUCUAGAGGACUUCUUGUUGUCCAAUCCUAAGGUGAAGAAAUCAAGCAGCCAAGUGGCCCUGGCUACAUAGCAGCAUCUCCCAAACUUUUGCACUAUUCUCAUUUUCUCACAUGUACACAAUGGAAUUGAUAACAAAAAUAAAGUUUCACCUGUAUUAAAA